AUGGACACAACCCAGUUGGUACAGCUGAAAAUAAAAUGGGCACAAGGGACUUUCCUUAAAGAAGGGCUGAUACCAUUUGCAGCCCCUCUAGGUGCAGCCUUGUGUUUCCAAGGAACUGAAAAAUCGAUUUCGAACCUUGCACCCAGGGCAGAGCCCGGCAUCUCCAUAUCCAGACACGAAGCUCUCAUGCCUUCCUCUUCUAAGGAGAAGGAUCUCCCUCCUGCCUUGUGCCUCAGCAGGCUCUGCCUACAUCCCCUUCAAGGAUGGACUUGGAGACUCUCUGAACGGAAGGAAGAGGGGAAGGAAUUCAGAUUCCCCAUUGGCGUAGGCGUGCCCCCCAAUCAUCCUGACCAUGGGCUCCAUGAGAUUUGGGGUGGGGGGGGCGCGGGAUGGACAACACCCAUGGAGGAGGCGCUUUAG